AUGGGUCUGACCGUCCACCAUCUCCACCUCUCCCAGUCCGAGCGCAUCCCCUGGCUGUGCGAAGAGCUGGGAAUUGACUACGAACUGCGGCUUUACAAGCGAUCACCUCUUUUGGCCCCUCCUGAGUACAAGGCUCUGCACCCCGCUGGAACUGCGCCCACAAUUCAAGAUGGUGAAUUGACUCUGGCUGAGAGCUGUGCCUGUAUGGAGUACAUCUGCCAUAAGUACGGUCAAGGCAGGCUUUUCCUGCACCCCUCACAUUCAGAUUAUGCCGGCUUUCUCUACUGGUGGCACUGGGUUGAUGGCACUUUUCAGCCCGUCGUGAUGCGUGCCAUGAUGAUGCGUGCUGCCGGGGUGAGCGACGAGAACCAGUUCAUGACGAUCACGAAUGGCCGUCUCGGGAAAGGGCUGAUGGCACUCGACGAGAGACUACGGGACAAUGAAUGGCUUGCAGGGGCCGAGUUUACCGUGGCGGAUUUGAUGGUUGUCUUUGUCCUAACAACAUUUCGAUAUUUCUCCCCGUAUAGCUUGCAGGGGUACGACAAUUUGCUCGCCUACCUCCAGCGCAUUGGACAGAGGAAAGCAUAUCAAACAGCCAUGAAGAAGUCUGAUCCGGAUAUGGAACUUCUGCUGGGUCCGGAUCCCCCAAAAAAGACGCUUUUGUAG